GAGAAGGUUACGAAGCGCAGGCGCAGUAUGGCGGCCGAGUAUGUGUGUAUGUGAGAGUCUGACGGGUUCAAAAUGGCGGCGGCUGCUUCUAUAAAAGGGCAAAGGAAAGCCAGAGACCUGGAGGAGGAGGAAGACGACAGCAGUUCUGAUAUCUCCUUCUCACUCUCGUCAGAAGAGUCUGAGAUGGAGCCUGAAGAAGAGCGGAUCCGUUAUAGCAAAAGACUGCGUGGUGCUAUGAGACGUCGUUAUGAAGAUGAUGGCAUCUCAGAUGAUGAGAUUGAGGGCAAACGAACAUUUGAUCUGGAAGAGAAGCUUACCACCAGCAAAUUUAAUGCCAAUUUUGUUGUCUUUAUGGAAGGCAAAGAUUUCACAGUGGAAUAUAUUCAGCGUGGUGGUUUAAGAGACCCCUUAAUCUUCAAGAAUUCUGAUGGACUUGGAAUAAAAAUGCCAGAUCCAGACUUCAGUGUGAGUGAUGUACGACUAUACGUAGGGAGUCGGAGGAUGGUGGAUGUCAUGGAUGUGAAUACCCAGAGAGACAUUGAGAUGACUAUGGCACAAUGGGCACGCUAUUAUGAAACUCCAGAGGAGGAACGUGAGAAGUUGUAUAAUGUUAUCAGCCUGGAGUUCAGUCAUACCCGGCUUGAAAGCCUGGUACAGAGACCAACAACGGUGGAUUUAAUUGAUUGGGUUGACAACAUGUGGCCAAGGCAUCUUAAAGAAAGCCAGACUGAAUCAACAAAUGCCAUUCUGGAUAUGCAGUAUCCCAAAGUGCAGAAAUACUGUUUGAUGAGUGUCAAGGGCUGCUAUACUGACUUCCAUGUGGACUUCGGUGGUACUUCUGUGUGGUAUCAUAUUCUCAGAGGGGGAAAGGUCUUCUGGUUAAUUCCACCCACUCCUCAGAACCUGGAGUUAUAUGAAAACUGGCUGCUCUCAGGGAAACAAGGGGACAUUUUUCUUGGUGACCGGGUGUCAGAUUGUCAACGUAUUGAGCUCAAGCAAGGCUUUACCUUUGUCAUUCCCUCAGGUUGGAUCCAUGCAGUAUACACUCCUACGGACACCCUGGUUUUUGGUGGUAACUUUCUGCAUAGCUUCAACAUCCCUAUGCAAUUGCGGAUUUACAGCAUUGAAGAUCGUACACGAGUCCCAAAUAAGUUUCGUUAUCCCUUUUAUUAUGAAAUGUGCUGGUAUGUGCUAGAGCGCUAUAUGUACUGCAUUACCAGCCGUUCCCACCUGACUAAGGACUUCCAAAAGGAAUCACUCAGUAUGGAUAUGGAGCUGUGUAACUCAGAGUCUGGAAAUAUGGAUGAAGAUGAUGUUGAAGCAGGAAAGGAAUCAAGGCGUCCAGUCACCAGACGGUCAAUACUCACUAGCCCUGUGGCCAAUGGUGCUAACCUAGACUAUGAGGAGCUAGGUAAAAGCUGCCGAAAUUCUCCAAGCCUUAAGAGAACUAUGUCCAUGGACUCUGAGUCUAGCAGAGGGUCUCACAAUGGCCAGGCUUGGGAUUCUCACAGUAACAGUCCUCAUAAGGGCAAGAAGAUACAUUUGACACAAUUUGAACUGGAGGGUCUGCGCUGUCUUGUAGACAAGCUGGAAUCUUUGCCCCUGCACAAGAAGUGUGUACCCACUGGCAUUGAAGAUGAGGACGCCCUGAUUGCUGACGUUAAGCUAUUGCUGGAGGAAUACGCAAGCAGUGACCCCAAACUGGCACUUACUGGAAUCCCUAUUGUCCAGUGGCCGAAGAGGGAUAAGCUCAAACUUCAGGUUCGGCCAAAGUUAAGAUUACCUACCAUCCCUAUCACCAAGCCCCAUACCAUGAAACCAGCCCCACGGCCUGCAACUGUGAGGCCCACAGUCUCUCCUAUAGUAUCUGGUGCUCGCAGGAGGCGAGUGCGAUGUCGAAAAUGCAAGGCCUGUCUGCAAGGUGAAUGUGGCAUGUGCCACUACUGCAGAGAUAUGAAGAAGUUUGGUGGGCCUGGUCGUAUGAAGCAGUCCUGUAUAUUGCGACAGUGUUUGGCGCCCCGACUGCCUCACUCUGUCACAUGUGCACUUUGUGGGGAGGUAGAUAAGAAUGAGGAUUCACAGGACUUUGAGAAGAAGUUAAUGGAAUGCUGCAUCUGCAAUGAAAUUGUUCACCCUGGCUGUCUACGGAUGGAUGGGGAAGGGAUACUGAAUGAUGAAUUGCCUAACUGCUGGGAAUGUCCAAAGUGCUACAAGGGUGAUGAGUCGGAGAAGGGCCAGAAGCGAAAAAUGGAUGAAGGUGAUGAUGACACAGUCCAAGCCAAAGUCCUGCGCCCUCUACGAAGCUGUGAGGAGCCUCUGACUCCACCACCACACUCACCCACCCCAAUGCUGCAAUUGAUCCAUGACCCCGUAUCCCCUCGUGGUGUGGUGACACGAUCCUCUCCAGGGGCAGGGCCUAGCGAUCAUCAUGGUGCCAGCCGAGACGACCGGUUCAAGCGACGCCAGCUGCUUCGGCUGCAAGGCACGGAGCGCACAGUGGUGCGGGAAAAGGAAAACAACCCUAGUGGCAAAAAAGAGCUUUCAGAGGUAGAAAAGGCCAAGCUCCAUGGCUCCUAUCUUACAGUCACGCUACAAAGACCUACCAAAGACAUGCAUGGCACUUCCAUUGUGCCCAAGCUGCAGGCGAUCACUGCCUCCUCCACCAAUCUGCGGCACUCACCCCGUGUUGUCAUGCGCCAAAGUUCAACCAGAACACCCCAGCGGGGUGGAGAUGAAGAGGCCGCUGAGGAAGAUGAGGAGGAAGAAAGUGCAGAUGAAGAUGAUGAGAAUACUGAGGAUAGUGGAGUAGCUAGACUGAAUGGUCAAGGUGGGAGGGCAUUCGAUAGUGAGGAGAUCUGGAUGCAGAAGGAGGUCUGGAUGUCUGUCUUCCGCUAUCUCACUCGCAAGGAGCUCUGUGAAUGUAUGCGUGUAUGCAAAACCUGGUACAAAUGGUGUGGUGACAGAAGAUUGUGGACAAAGAUUGAUUUGAGUAGAUACAAGUCCAUCACACCCUUGGCUCUAGGUGGCAUCAUCAGGAGACAGCCAGUCAGCCUUGACCUCAGCUGGACCAAUAUUUCCAGAAAACAGCUUACCUGGCUCAUCGCCAGGCUACCAGGCCUCAAAGACCUCAUCUUAGCAGGCUGUUCUUGGUCAGCAGUUUCUGCUCUUAGUACCUCCACUUGCCCUCUUCUCAGGACUCUCGAUCUUCGGUGGGCAGUAGGAAUUAAGGAUCCACAGAUUCGGGACUUGCUCACACCUCCAUCAGAUAAACCAAGUCAAGACAAUCGCAGCAAACUCCGUAAUAUGAUAGACUUCCGGUUGGCUGGGCUGGACAUUACUGAUGCCACACUCCGGCUUAUCAUCCGUCACAUGCCUCUCCUAUCACGACUUGAUCUUAGUCACUGCAAUCACCUUACAGACCAGUCAACAAACUUGUUAACAGCUGUGGGGUCUUCCACACGGAACUCACUCACUGAAAUCAACAUGGCAGGCUGCAAUAAGCUCACAGACCAGACCCUGCUGUAUCUGCGGCGCAUCUCAAAUGUCACCCUGAUAGACCUGCGAGGCUGCAAGCAGAUUACUCGCAAGGCCUGCGAGCAUUUCAUCUCAGACCUGUCAAUCAACAGCCUCUACUGCCUGUCUGAUGAAAAGCUGAUCCAGAAAAUCAGCUAGAGGUUUACCACAGACAGACUGAAGAGAAGGAAAGAUCCCAGACAAACACCUCUUGGAGAGCAGACCCUCCCCCAGUUCCCUCCAUCUCCACAGGCUUGGGAAGAGGCCAGCCUGUUUGUGACUGCACUGUCCCUCCUCCACUCGGGACUUCUGCAGACCAGAAAUCCCACCAGGCAGGUUAGCAUUUGAAGAAUGGCAACUAGAGAUUGCCGUAGGGGUGCUCUCAUUGGGGUACUUGCUCGGCAGCUACGUUCUGUGAUGUUUUGUAGCAGCUUUUUCAGGGGGAAGGUGCUGCUUCCUCUCAUCUGGACCCUGCGCCUCUCCCAUAAUUUCCACAAAAACAGAUUUCACUUCCUCAUCAGAUUAUGGGGAAAUCAGACCUGGAUGGUGUAGAACAGGUGCAUUUUCGUUUCCUGUUCUCCUCAUUUUCAUAUGAUUGUUAAGAGUCAUCAGGCUGGGAGUAACUUCUCUUGCCACACUCUGCUAAGCUUCCUUUCCUUGCCAUUCAGCAACUGAACAGGCAGCUACUGUUUUGUGCUGAUUACUCAGAGGCUGUGAUGCCCACAAUAGCAGAGUCUUUAUGUCAUGAAGGGAUCUCUAUGUGGCCUUGGGUUAGCCUGCAGGCACCUUCCAACUUCAGGCUAGUGAGGGGAUGGCUAAUCUUCCAUAUGGAGGCAGUCAUGUUCUUGUCCUAGACUUUCCCAAGAGGGAUGUCAAGCAGGCAUGUCCUGUCUUUCCUACUCUGAAAAGGUGACAGUGUUUGCAGAGGAAAAGCUGCAGCAGAGCUUGAAGGCUUGAGAGGCAUCUAGUGGGAUUUCUCACACCAGUGGAAGUAGUUUCUGCUUGCCCCAUGUCUACAGUCUGCUACAACAAAGCACUCUUAGAGAUGCUGGCUGGAGAAGAAAUGCCUACAUCUUGGGGUGCAUAGCUGUUGGCUCUUGAGCUGGGAGACGGGUGAAUGCCCCCAUUCGCUGCCUCUCUUCCUUUGCAAUGAAUGGCCGGUCCAAAGAACUUCUCUCUUGGGCAGCAGAGAGCUUUUUGCACUUUAGAAAGAAAGGUAAUAUUUUGGAUCCCUAUUUUAUUUCCCCCUGCCUGAGUGACUGGACACUCCUUCCAGCUGUCUGAACUUGUCAGGGUUUGAAUGCACACUUUGCACUCUGCUCUCUUCCCCAUAGUGAUAGCACAAGUUAGACUGCCCCUCACCCCUGCCUCCCCCUCUGAGCCUCGCAUGGGAGAAAAGAGCUCUCCAGCGUCUGUGCAGCAAGGGAAAGGAAUAAAGCGAUUAUAGAAUCAGAGAAGCCCAAUGCACCCUUGCUGCUUCUGAAGCAAUAAGGGAGGGGGAGGAAUCCACCCUAUAGCUCUCCAAACUGUUCUGCCUGAUUGCAUUGAACGCUGUGGCACCUGAGCCUCAGGGAAGAGCACCUUGCCCUGUACUGUUGGGGAUGGGGUGGGGGAAUGUAUAUUUAGAUCUACUGAAACCCAGAGGUUCCCCCUCACUUCCAUAUAAGGAGCGGGCUUCUUUGCUGAGAGGACAGUGCUAGUGUGAUAAGUUCCAGAGUGCCUCAGUACACAGGAGCUUUGCUGCAAAUAGAAUUUUUCUGCAAAAAUGCCCACUGAUCUUCUCCUAGAAGUGGAAACUUUCUGCCUUGUUGUAUUGGCUCCUGUGGAAAAAAAUAUUGUAGAAUCAAUCUCUUGGGUUUUUUAUUUUGUUUCGUUUUAAAGGAGGAAGGUGAGAAUAGCCAUAAAUAGGAGAUUCAAGUGCAUCUGCCCAGAUGACUCCCACCUUGGAGAUUUCUAGGCUCUGGGUAUUUUGCAUUUUUUGUUUGUAUUCCAAAAGUAGGAGCACCUUCACAACUCUCCAUCUGCAUUGGUCAACCUGAGGAGUGCUGAACUGCAGCAGAUUGGCAUGUCAGGAGCAUUAGUCUGGGAGGAAACUUGUCCUGCGGCAAAGGGGAUGAAACAAGCAGAAGACUGAGGAGGGUAGAAUUGUGGGCUAAGUUUUGCUGUCCUGCAGCCUUCUCAAACGUGGCCCUCAACUGACUGUGGCUUAAGAGACUCAGAAGCAAGAAUUGUGAAAUGUCAUUGCCUAAACUGGCCACAACCUCGGAGGGCAAGUGGUGACGUAAAAGAAAGAGAAAUUAUAUAUGAAAAUCACUUAGUGAUUUAAAAAAAAAUCCUGCUCCCUAAAUAAAUCUCCCUAAAGAAAGUUGCUAUUGUUUAAAAGGGUUUGGUUGUUCUUUUGUGUUUUUUUGAAGAAAUUGUAAAUAUAUAUUUUGUUGCUAACUUAGAGUCAACCUCCAAUGUUGUGCUUUAAAAUUAAAUGUAAGCAUUAAGGGUAAAAAACUCAAGUCUUGCGCUCUCUCGGUUGACAUGUUUAGGGUUGGGUGAUACGUGGGGCUAAAGGGAGGGAAUCUAGUUGGGUUUUUCAUUUUCUAAUCAUUUGCCAAUAAUGGUUUUAGAGAAUCUUUCCUCAAACAUAUUACCACAAAAAUGGGAGAAGUGGAUGGGGGAAGAAGAAACGAUACCAGCCUCUGAAGGGAAACUUUGUUUCAUGGGGUGGAUUUUGGAAUAAAAAUUUCAAGAAAAAAAAUGUGUGGGUCUGCAUAUUGAUUGCAUAAGCUUAAAAUCCCGGACCAGUCCAGCCUAAGUACUCAAACGUAGCUUCAUGCCAUGAGGUUACCUGCCUGUAUCCAGUAUUUGUAGAGAAUGUAAUUAAAUUUGGUAUUCACACAAUUUUAAUUUUGUGCCAAGCAAAGCUAGAUUCCUGCAUCAUGUGUAUAGGAUGCAAAUUUAUGUACCUUCUUAAAUAAUACUAUAGUUUUUAC